AAAUGAAAAAAAGAAACCACCACAGAAAAAACGGAAGAGAGCGUCGUAUUAUCGCUUGUAUUUAUGAGUAAGUGAUACGCGUUUAAUUCGAUCAAACAUGGAUCAGGAAAAGUAUCCGAGAUCAUCCAUUGAGGAUGAUUUUAAUUAUGGCACGAACGUGGCGACGGCGAGCGUCCACAUCCGGAUGGACUUCCUCCGCAAGGUCUACACCAUCCUGUCACUGCAGAUCAUCAUCACCACUGCUGUAUCUGCCGUUUUCAUGCUCUGUAACCCCAUUAAAAACUUUGUGCACGAAAGUCCCUCGCUGGUGUUGAUAUCUGCUAUCGGGUCUCUUAUCCUGCUCCUUGCCCUGGCCGUGUACCGUCACCAGCACCCCAUCAAUCUUUACCUGCUGUUUGGAUUUACUCUGUUGGAAUCUCUGUCUGUGGCCACUGCGGUGACAUUUUAUGAGUACACCAUAGUGCUCCAGGCCUUUGUGCUCACGUCUGCCGUGUUCCUGGGUCUCACUGCCUACACUUUCCAGUCUAAAAGAGACUUCAGCAAGCUCGGAGCCAGUCUGUUUGCUGGCCUGUGGAUCUUGAUCAUUGCGAGCUUUAUGAGGUUUUUCUUCUACAAUGACACAAUGGAGUUGGUGUUCGCUGGGGCUGGAGCUCUGCUCUUCUGUGGGUUCAUUAUUUUCGACACUCACUUGCUGAUGCAUAAGCUGUCCCCAGAGGAGCACGUCCUGGCAUCCAUCAAUCUGUACCUGGACAUAGUCAACCUGUUCAUCUAUAUCCUGCGCAUCCUCGACUCCAUGAAGAAACACUGAAUGUCUGAUGCCCUUUCUCGCUUUCAGAGGUGAAUUCUGGGUGCAAUGAUGGGAGUGUUUAAAAAAAAAAAAGUUAUUAAUUUAAUAGAUUCCACGUGCAAUAAUGUUGUAACUCAUCAGAUGAAAUCGGAUUAAUUCAUAUCCGAAAUAAGCAUUGCAAGAAAUGUUGUGGACCACAUAAUAUUUAUUUGAAUAAAAGUCUUUGAAAUGCACUGAGUAGAAGACAUUAAUGUCUUUGCAGUGUUCAGAAUUAAUGGAAUAUGUGUGCUAUUCUUCUCCUUGGAUUUUGCUUAAUUUCUACCAUUAGUUGAAACGAAGCUCCUCAAGACACUCCUAUUGUAUUGAAGUUUUCUCAACCAGCUGCGUACCUUCAGCUUGCGAAGCGGUAUUUGAAAUUUAAAUUAAAUGUGAAUGUUACAAACCUGAUUGUACAAAUUUAACUUGAUCUGCCCUGUUGCUGAUUAGAUUUCUGUUUUUAGUCGCCUGUAGUGUGACCUGUAGUCUGUGGUGAUUUUUAUUUUUAUUUUUUCAUGUUUAAUUGGGUGUUUUUGUGAAUCGGUGUUUAUUGAUUGGAACAAACUGUACAUGAAGACGUUUGUGUAUGUGGGGUUAAAUUGAUUCCUGACGAUAAAUUACAACUAGUCGGCCUCAUGAUAAUGAAGUCAUAAUGCAAAGAUUUUAAAAAGUGUAGUUUUUAUUUGCAUUCACAAAACAACGUUGAAGCAGCAUGCGGUUUCAAACGCAUCUAAAUAUUUUCCAUUAUGUCAGUCUGCUCAUUUUAAUAGACAAAAAAUAAUAAUUAUAAUAAAUUGAGAACAUAAUAUUCAGGGACCUCUACAUGCCUGUAUACAAAGUGCAAUAUUCAUCAUAAUAAAAUAUAAAUAUACAUUGUGGUCACUGAUGUUUAUUUGAGAACAAAAUGGUCACACGUAAAAACUAAGGUGUCGUGUAAUUUAAUGUUCUUUGGUGUAAAAAUAAAUAAAUAAAAUUCUAUUAAAUCA